AAUUUUCACAACAAAUCAUAAGAAAUGUUUUACACAAUCGAUCAUUUGUCAGGUUAUACGUAGAUAACCCUGUAAGAAAUGAGUGAAGAAAAACAAAAUGAAACAAGAACAGGAGGCGGGGCUUACAGGAAGAAAAAGAACAAAUCCACUGUUGUUCUUUGGCAUUCUGACUUUUCUCCUCUCCUUGACUUGUUGGACCAGUUUCUAAAAUGAGUUACACACUUGAGUGUAUCAUAGCCAUAGACUUUGGCACCGCAUGCAGUGGAUAUGCCUUCAGUUUGACACCCAGAGAGGCAGAAAUUGAUCCCUUUUUGAAGAGGUGGGGUAAAGAGUUCGGACUGGACACUCCAAAGACUCCAACCUGCAUUCUGUUUAAUGAAGACAAAGAAUUUAUCAAGUUUGGUUAUGAAGCUAAAGCAGUGUAUAUCCGCAUGCACAGAGAAGAAGCAAAGAAACACUACUUCUUUGAAAAUUUCAAGAUGGCGCUCUAUGGAAAAAAACUCAGCAGAGAUGUGGUGAUUACAGCUGCAAACAGGAAGUCAAUGAAGGCCUUGAAGGUGUUCACAGAAGCUCUGAGAUACCUGAAGGACGACGCUCUGAGAACUAUCAAUGUUAACACAGAAGGGAGGAAGUUCACAGCCUCUGACUUCACCUGGGUGCUGACUGUACCUGCCAUCUGGGAUCCUUCAGCAAAGCAGUUCAUGAGAGAAGCUGCGACUCAGGCAGGAAUCAUUACAGAAGGAACUCAGCACCAGCUGAUCAUGGCACUGGAACCAGAGGCAGCCUCAGUCUGGUGUAAGAAGCUGCCAGCUGAUGGCUUCAUCACUCAGAACCAUGAUGGAGGACCAUUGGAUCAGUCUCCAGGAACACAGUUAAUGGUGGUGGACUGUGGAGGUGGAACCAUUGACAUCACUGUUCAUGAAGUCCUGUAUGGAGGAGCCCGGAAGGAGCUGCACAAGUCCUCAGGAAAUGAUUUGGGGGGACAAGCUGUGGACAGGAAAUUCAAAGAGUUCCUCAGAGAAAUCUUCAGUCAUGGCGUCUGGGAUGAAUAUGAAGAAAACUUUCCCAGUGAGGUUCAGAGGAUAAUGUAUGAUUUUCUGUAUUUCAAACAGGUAGAUGAUGAUGUUCAGAUUGCAUGUCCAUUUAACCUGGGAAUACUGGCUCAGAAAAAGCAGGAAAUAGAAAAGUUCUUUGAGUCAGUGCGAGGUGUUUCCUGGGAUGAAGGAUCCAUCAUAAUCUCCAAAGAGAGACUGAGGUCUUUCUUUGCUGAGAGUCUGAAGGGCAUCACUAACAGCCUCAGAGAAAUCCUGAAGAAAGAUCUAAACAUCGAGUACAUUCUGUUAGUGGGGGGCUAUGCUGAAAGCCAGAUUCUGCGUCAUCAUGUUAUUGCUCAGUUUGGUGAUCAGUGUAAAGUUCUGUGUCCUUUUAGGCCCCAGGAAGCGAUCAUAAAGGGAGCUGUGAUGUUUGGAAGAAACCCAGGGCUGGUGACAUCUCGAAAAUCUGCCUUUACUUACGGGUUUGCAGAUUCAAAGAAGUUUGAUCCAUCCAAAAAUAAGAAAGAAAAAAAAAUUGUAGUCCAAGGGGAGGAGUUUUGUAGAGAUAUUUUCAGGACACUUGUAGAAGAAGGUGAAGAUGUUGGCUGGAAUGAAAUCAGAAUGCUCACCUUAAAUCCAUCAGAAGCAAAUCUGACAAGCAUGAAAAUCAGUCUUUAUCGUACAGAUAGAAAAAAUCCAAAGUAUGUGGAUGAAGUGGGAGUGGAGGAAAUUUGUGCGCUCCAUGUUGACAUGCCUGAUACUUCAGGAGGAAUCAAUCGGAAAGUCAAACUAGAGCUCAAGUUUGGCUCAACAGAGGUGACAUUCACAGCCACUGAUUUGGUUUCUGGGUCCAAAGCAUCAGUAGCGCUCGAUUUCAUGACCAAAUAAAAAAAUGUUAUAGAAACAUCCGGAAUGCAGCAGCUUCCACCAAUGUUUUCAUGUUGGAUUUAUCGGGAUAUUUGAUUUCUUUGGGAUUAGAACCUCUUUACUACCACACAUCAUAAAUAUGAGUAUAUUGUAGUUUAGAGGAUGUAUUAAAGCUCUGUAAUAUUACAGCACUGAUGUGUUUGCUGUGGUUCUUGUAACAUUAGGUCUUUGGUUCCCGUGUGUUCUCUGUUCCUGCGAUAAUUCUGAGUUUGGUUGCUACUAUCAGUCCUGUUUCUGUGUUCCUCCUGUUGCUGCUAGCUUAAAUGACACACAUGGGUGAGAUAAAACUAGCAGAUGGCUUCAUGCAGUGUAAAUAUAGAAAGAGAGAGUUUACAGAUAUCUCACAGUGCAAACACACUAACAUAUCUUACAUUAGGAACAGAGUAACACUGAAUUUAUACCAAAUACUUCAUGCAGCUUAUUCCUGCACACUCCAGCAUUCUCCUUACAGGUUACAGGACACACCUCCAUGUGUGUCCAUCAUUUACACCACUGCACACAAAGCUACAACAACUCCAGUAACAGUUGUUACUGGUCCUAAAACUGUGACAGUUUGUUCACAUGAUCGUUCUUUAUUCUAUCAGUACACCACUGUUUACUGCGAGUUAGCAUUUCAGAUUUACACUGUUUUUCUCUGUUGUUUUAGACCCCACUCCUUUUUAACGUUAUGAUAUUGUGUGACAUUCCAAAGUCUUUCAGUGAAAUGAACAUGUAACAUAGAGAAGUCCACUAUGAGACAUCUGCUGAUAAUUUAUUUCCUGUCUGUUUUCAGUCCUCUUCUUUUGUAACAGACUGGUACUGUGAAGUUUCCAUCAUCCACUGUUAGCACUGCCAACAUAUUUUACAGAAUGGGGGAGCUGCCUAUCGCACCUGUCACAGGGGGAGAGGUGUCUUACACCUGGUCAGGUCUCCAGCCCACUGCAGAACAGGAAACAUGUUGUUCUUUGUCAGAUAUGUGAGAUACUGUAAACCUAACAGACAUCACGCUUUUGAGAUGUAACUGCUGUACUGUGUUGUUCUUUGUCAAAUACAAACAUGCAAAUAAAUCACAAACCUGA